AUGGUCGACGACGAUACGGGAGGGCUUCAGGUCCCGUAUAUAGAUUGGCCUGGACGGACCUAUGCGUCGUCGGUGCGUCGGUUCGUGCGUGCGUGCACGCUGCAACAGCAAGCAAGCGGGCGCAGGGAUGGGGGAGGCAGGCAGGGGGCUGAUCAGCUCCCUACAAAAAGCAGACGUCACAGCGCGCGGGAUGGUCUGGACCGGGAUCAGGACCAAAUCAAAUGGACGGCGCUUCUGCUGUGUGAUGUCUUUUAUGUGGGCAUGGAUGUGCCAGUUACAAGCACGAUCGGUGAGACUCGGCAACUCGCAUAGCCCUUGGUGUGGGCCGGCAAAGCUGGUUUCGGCGAGGAGAAGAGGAGAAAAGGAGAAGAGGCGGCA